AGGAGCCAAUCAGCGCUGCAGGAUCCCGGCUAUAAAAUCCCUGGGGAGCUGCAGGGCCUCAGAUUCUCCUCAGGCCCCAAGGACGGUUUCAAUGGCGCCUGGGACCCUCCUCCUGCUGCUCGCGGGGGCCCUGACCCUGACCCAGACCCGGGCGGGCUUGCACUCCAUGAGUUAUUUCUACACCGCCGUGUCCCGGCCCGGCCUGGGGGAGCCGCGCUUCAUCACCGUGGGCUACGUGGACGAUACGCAGUUCUCGCGCUUCGACAGCGACGCCGAGAACCCGAGGGUGGAGCCGCGGGCGGCGUGGAUGCGGCAGGUGGACCCGGGGUACUGGGACCGAGAGACUCAGAUCUCCAAGGACAACGCUCAGACCUACCGCGUGAACCUGAACACCGUGCGCGGCUACUACAACCAGAGCGCGGCCGGGUCCCACACUUUCCAGACUAUGUUUGGCUGCGAGGUCUGGGCGGAUGGGCGCUUCUUCCGCGGGUAUGAACAGCACGCCUAUGACGGCGCCGACUACCUCGCCCUGAACGAGGACCUGCGCUCCUGGACCGCGGCGGACGCGGCGGCGCAGAUCACCCAGCGCAAGUGGGAGUCGGCGGGUGUGGCUGAGCACCGCAGGGCCUACCUGGAAGGGGAGUGCGUGGAGUGGCUGCGCAGAUACCUGGAGAUGGGGAAGGAGACACUGCAGCGCGCAGACCCGCCCAAAGCCCACGUGACCCACCACCCCGCCUCUGACCGCGAGGCCACCCUGAGGUGCUGGGCCCUGGGCUUCUACCCCGCGGAGAUCUCACUGACCUGGCAGCGGGAUGGGGAGGACCAGACCCAGGACACGGAGCUCGUGGAGACCAGGCCUGGGGGCGACGGAACCUUCCAGAAGUGGGCGGCUGUGGUGGUGCCUUCUGGGGAGGAGCAGAGAUACACGUGCCGUGUGCAGCACGAGGGGCUGCCUGAGCCCCUCACCCUGAGAUGGGAGCCUCCUGCUCAGCCCACUGCGCUCAUAGUGGGAAUUGUUGCUGGAGUUCUUGGAGUUCUUCUGAUCCUGGGAACUGUGUCGCUGUUAUGAUGAGGAGGAAGCUCAGCUCAGAUGGGAAAGGAGGAAAAUACCCUCCGGCUGCAGGUGGCCACAGGGACCAGGGCUCUGAUGAUUCUCUCAUGCCCUGAAAGCGUGAGAAGUGGCCUGUGUGGGACUGAGCGAUGCAGAUUCGUGCAGUCCCCGUCUCUGUCCUCAGAGCCCGGCUCACCUUGAACGUGUGGGCAGCAGGCACAGUGUGAGGAGGGGAGCCUGGCCCGCCCUGCCCGUGUGGGCGUCUCCGUCCUGUCUCAGGUCCCGUGCACUGCGCUGCAGCUCCUUCCCCAUUCAGUCUGAACACUGAUUUAUUUUUCCAAUUCUGUCAUCUGGUGUGGAUGAGUUAAUUAAAUGAGGAGAUUCCUAAAAUUUGAGAGAGGAAAUAAAUAGAAAUAAAUAGAGGUGCUAGAACCAUCCAGAA